GCCCGCAUGCGUACACGAUCCCACGAUCGCGACCCCAUUGUGAAACUGUGCUAAAUGGAACUGACCGGCGUUCAAUGUUAAAGAAACAAAUAUACGAGGAGAAAGAAGUGAACAUGGCGAUACAGAGUGUUUCGAGAUAUCCCAGCAGCCCCGCGGAGGCGACGGAACCGCCGAAGGCGUCGAGGAUCAGCUUCAGCGUCGCUUCGAUCUUGGCUGAUACGAAAACUAACCAGGUCGAUGAAGCCGAGAUGAUCAGGCAUCACAGGACGAUCCCGGAAUCGCCUUUAAGGCAAUCUCCUGAAGCGCAGCCGGAGCUACCCGGCGGAAAAUCAUCUCCGCGCCCGUCAUCUAAUGCUUCACCUAUGAAUCUAAACGUAUCAGCCCAUGCGACGUCUUCUGACGAAGAAUACGAAGAUUCCGUGAAUCAGGAAGACUCUAUAGUCGAUGUGGAAGAUCUGCAGAAUGGCGGACAUAGUGACGACGAUGACAGAAUGUCUAGUAAUGAGAAGGAGAGGCUAGGACCGAUAAGGCCGACUCCUUUCAGCGCGCUGGCUGCUGCAGCGGCGGCUUACCACAGCUUAGGAAACUGGGCGGGACCUCCUCCCGUCGUGCCUUCGUUUGGACCAUUGUUCCAAUCGCAUUUCCCUGGACAUCUAACAGAUCACAACGGUGAACCCCCAAAGCUAAAGUGCAACCUGCGCAAACACAAGCCGAAUCGCAAGCCGCGAACCCCCUUCACUGCACAGCAACUACGCGCGUUGGAGAGCAAAUUCGUUGAUAAACAGUAUUUGAGCAUCGCUGAGAGGGCAGAGUUCUCUUCUUCGCUGGGACUAUCUGAAACACAGGUUAAGAUCUGGUUCCAAAACCGCCGGGCGAAAGCGAAGCGCGUCCAAGAGGCGGAAAUAGAAAAACUCAAGAUGGCGCAGUUUUCCCGCCAUCCUCACCACAUGUACCCGCACCCCCUGCAGCAGUACUUCCCCCACCCUCUCAUGGGCAGACCCCUACCCCCCAUGAUGUCGCACUUGACUAUGCAACCCCCCGUACAGGGGUCGCCGUCACCUAGCACGCAGACUAGUGGACAACAUUAGACAAAAACAUGUCGAUUGCGCUACUGAUAUUUAAUAUACUGUGGUUUGAGACUGCUCUAUGAUGCGAUAUUUUUGCUAUUUUUUUGAAGUGAAACUUCUUUAGGCGCGUUGAGAGUAAAAUUUUAAGGUCGCGUCGUGGCUUACCGUCAUGGAGUAAAGCUACGAUUUUGGUAUCUUUGAAUAUUUCCAAAGGAGUUUCACUUCUGACACGUGUGUUCGCCACACACGCUCUUUUUUGUGUUAAAUAUAUGUUUGUUAUAAUGGCCAUCUGUAAUGCUAUAUUUAAAUUAAUUUAAAACUGCUAUUUAGAAUCGACAUUUUGAUUUACCUACGCAAUAUUAUUAAUUGUAAAUUGUUUGUAAAUAUUAGUUAAGGAUUAAUGUAAAUAUAUUUUGUUUAUGUCAUUUUAAACAAUGUAUGAGGGAAUUAUUUAGUAUAGUUGUUUAUAUUCUAUGGUCAAUUAUGUAUUAUCAAAAUUAUCUACAGAUUUCAAUAAACUUAGAAUAAAUGUUUUUCCCACAGUUAUCCCCAUAUUAUAAAUAAACAUAUCCUAUGUAUAAAAUAAAUAUAACUAUAGUUAAUCUGUAUUAUUAUAUAGAGUAUAUAUUUAGUACAAAAUAACUUGGCU